UAUUGAGGUAUGGGGAAGUCAUCCUGGCUUAUAAAUGAUUUGACUUGAACUUUAUACUAGCUACAAGCCUGUCUUGUAGUCUAUCAAACACACACUGUAUAUCUGAUUUAACCACUGAAGAAAAGGGUGCAUUGUCCAGAAGUAAAGAAUAUCUGUUUUGAAGUUAGAGAUAAAUGCCUUCCUUCGUGGGAGGCCAAUGGCCAGUACUCCUUUGACGAUAAGGUUCACUUCCCAGGUACCAAGGCCAUACUGACUUGCUGUGUACCAGCUAAUCUGUUUUUUUUGAAACAUGGAAGAAAUGUACCCCUGUUAUGUUUGAUGUCCUUUAUUCUGACAAGAUGUAAAGCUGUGCUGGAAACCAGGAUUCUUGAGAGUAGUUUCUCAGAGCUAUGAGAGGCUGUCUCCUCGGUUACAGUCUUCAGCUUGACUCAAAUAAAACUGUUCUCUAUUCUAAUCUUACUUUAGGUUGGUUGUUGAUCAUUUAUGGCAACAAAAGAAAAUUUUAACACAGCAUAUACUAUGUACUGCUCUAAGCAUAUAAAUGUUUUCAUUUAAUCUUCAAAACAACUCUAUGUGCUAAGUAAUAAUAUUAUCCCCAUUUUACAGAUGAGAGAAUUGAGGCACUGAAAGUUUGAGUCUUUUGAGACUUCACAGGUAAGAAGUGGCAGAGCUAGGAUUUGAAUAAGGCAGCUUGAUGCUGGAAUCCAUGUCCUCAACCACAAUGCCUGAAGGUAAUUCUGAUCUUAGAAAUCAAGACAAAAGGGGAUCACUCAGGUUUCACUGAAUGAAGUAUGAGUUGUCUGGUAGGGGCAAUUUUUUGGCCCUAAAUUCAGACAGACUGCUGUUAGGUAUGUGGGGGGAUGGGAGUUCUUUGUUCUGUGAUGCAGUGAUGACCUCAGGGUAAACUGCCACUAGGCUGAGGAAAAUGGAAUGGCUGCCAGAGGACCUGCGUGGCUCUGAGGGGGUCGUGGGGCUUCUCUGGAACCAGCUGACCUAUGCCCUAGCCUGCCGACACUGUGGCAGCAGCUGCCUCCAGAGUCCAGGGAAUCUGAUAACACUGUUUUUGUUCAUGGUUUGGCAGAUCCAGAGGUGGUGGCAGCUUGGGAGAUGGUGGCAGCUUCAGCCCUGGUACUCUGGGGACAAGAUGAGAGGCAAGGGCCUACCACUUCUGUACCGUGUGGCUUUCCUUGAUCGCCUGUGGAAGCAGAAGUCAGAGGAGGAAGAGGAGGCAUUUCUGGAUCCACUGAAGACACGUUCUCUUCCUAAAGAAGCUCCUAUUGGAGAGAAAGUCACUACAGCCCCAUCCCAGCCAUCUUGUAAUUCUGAAGGCCUCGACAAGGUCACAGGCACACUAGAGCAAGGACUCACGCAGACCCCAAACCCUCCCAGAUCCUUCCCCACCUUUCAGAUCUUGACCAACCUGCCUGUGAGGCACACGGCAGCAUCAGGGAGCCGCCCACAGGAGAGAAAAAGCCAGUUCUUCUGGGGUCUGCCCUCUCUGCACAGUGAGUCCUUGGAGGCCAUCUUCCUGAGCGCAGGUGGCCUCUCUCCCUUGAAGCUAUCUGUUAGUCCCUCUGUCGUCUUUAACAAGCUUGCCUUCCUGCCUAGAUCCCGAGUAUUACUGCUUCCCCAGUAUUGCUUCCCAACCCCGCUUCGCACCCAGGAAGCCCAUACUACAGAGGAUCUGGAAAGGAUGGCCUCUGAUCCUCAGCAACUUCCCCCUCCAUCUUCCCCUCCUGUCCCAUCACUUCCCCUUCAUCUUAACACCUUUCCCAUGGACCAUAAAAGAGCCCUGUCUGGCACUGAGGCAAAUACACAGUGGCUUACGCAGCAGAGAGAGAUCCCUUGGGUCUCUGGGGAUCAAGCUCUGCACCAACAGCCUAACUUUCAAAGAACCAGACCCUCCAAGUUCUUCUAUUCAUCUGAGGCCUGGUGGAAGGUACCAUGGAAUCCUAGCCUCCAACAACACUUUCCAGACUCACUCUCUGCCUCCCUAGCAGAGAAUCCCUCUAGUCUUCUGGGAGCCCUAACUAGGUCUGAGGCCCCAUGGCAGACCAUGGGGCAAAAGGAGGACCCCAAAAUCCCUGAGCCAGCAAUGCCAGCUACCAGCCUAACCCAAGCUUCUCUGCCAGAAUGCCAGGGAGUCAGCCCUCUUGGAGGCCCUUCUGGAUCUGAGGCCCUCUGGGAAACCAUGAGGCAAAGAGAGAAGUCUCAGAUCCCUGAGCCUGCAAUCUUGGUCCCUUGCCAAUCUGUAGCCCCCUUGAUAGAGCCUCAAGGAACGAGCAUCCUGGGAGUUCCACCUGCAGAUAAGACUCAAUGGGGAACCACAGGACCUAAAGAGAGUACUCAAGCCUUUCAGCCCCCAAUGCCAGGCCCCUGCCAGCCCCCAUCUCUGUCAGAAGCCCAGGAAGUCAGUCCUGAAGGAGGACUUUCUGCAACCAAGGAUUUCUGGGGAUCCUCGGGACACAGAGCAAGCCCUAUGGCCUCUGGGUCUCCAAUGUCAGCCCUCUGCCCUCCCCCACACCCCCUGCCAGAACUCCUGGGAGGCAGACUCCUGGGAGAGUCAUCUGGAUAUGAGCCCCAGUGGAGAUACAAAGAAAAUUCAACAAAACCUUGGGCCUCUGAGCCUCCAGCCUUUGACCUCGACCCAGGACUCCAUGGAACAAGAUCAGCUUGUGUUCCAUUAGAACCUGAGACUCCGAGGAAGAGCAUGGAGAGUAAAGAAAAUCUUUGGGUCUCUGCAGACCCAGUUUCACCUCCCAGCUUCCCCUCAGCUUCUCUGGAGUCCAUAGGCACAGGUGUCCAGGCAGUCUUGUCUGACUCCAAUGCUUUGAGGGGGGCCAUGAGGCAGAGAGACCACCUCUGGACUUCAGAGUCCCCAGCCCCUGGCCACAGCCUAUCUCUAGCUCCUGUUCUAGAACACCACAGAAUCAGUCCUGUGGGAGGCCUCACUGGGUCAGAAACUGCAUGGAAGGACACCGAUCAUUCCAGGAAUUCCUGGGCUUCUGAAUCCCCAUCUCUGGCCUUCAGCACACCCCCAGUUCUUGUACUGGAUUCCCUCAGAGCUAGCCCUAUGGGGGUCCCAUCUGAAUCUGAAGCUAGAUGUGGGGAUCUAGGGGGGAGAAAGGACUCCCAGAUCUCGGAGCUCCCAGACUGCAGCUUGCCCCAAGACCCACAUGGAGCCAGCUCCUUGGGAGUCCAGCCUGACUCUGAGCCUAUUCACGGGGAUGUGGAGCAGAAAGAAAUCUGCUGGGUCCCUGCGUCCCCAGUGUGGGGCCCCAGCCCACUCCCAAACUCUCACACGAGUGAGCCUAUUGGAGACAAACGUGACGAGAAGCCUGAGUGGGAAACAGUGAAACAUACAGAGAACUGCAGGACCACUGAACUCCCAGCCUUAACUCCCAGGUUCUCUGCUCUUCUACCAGAUCCACACAUUGACCUUGAGUUUGUGAGAAGGAAUAUGCAACACCUCAGAGGGAUCCCCCAGGACCCCAAUCCUCCAGCAGUGGAUCCCCUACAGCCAAUACCUUGGCCUCCUGCCCAAGCUCAAGCUCUGAAGAUUGAGUCCAACCAACCUGGCCUACCCAAGGGAGGGCUGUUAACAGGGGCUAACGCAGAGACUCCAUCCUCCCAGGGUGAGGCUACCCCAAAGGUGCCCACCUACCCCAGGAUCCAGGCCUGGCGCUGGAGUAAGGAGUUGGAACUCAGGCUGGACAAACUACAGCAGAUCCCUGUUUCCAGAUCUCCAAGUCAAUCAUUCAGCAGCUCCCUGACCCUGAGCUCCACAACUCAAGCCACCCGGAAACUCUCUUCUUGCCCACCACAGCAGACUCAUCCCCCAAGUCCUUGGCCCCACUCUUCAAGCUGUCAUCCCCCCAAAGCUCAGAGCACAGUAACUCAGCCUGUCCAGGUCCCCUACUGCUAUCACCCCCACUUCUCUUUCCAACCUCAGAUACCAAAGUCUGGCAGGCCAGAACAAGGGUCUCGGAAAGAGCAAAGCAAGCAAGCAAAGACGGUGUACCAGAUCUCACCCCAAGAGUCAUGUGUUCACAUGGAGGCUGGUGAGAACUGCCUGGGCCAGGAAGAGCCCUCCAACCCUGCGGUUGCAGCCUCAGGCAAGAGACAAGACAAAGCUUCAGCUCUAUCUUCAGCCAAAAAGGGAGCCAGCCCCAGGAAACCCAAAGAAGGAGACUAUGGAGAAGCAGAUGCAAGUUUGGGGUCAUCCACAGUUACAGGGGAAAGCCACCCAGCUCAGGCCAGAUUAGCAGAGAUCCCUGUCAGCAGACUUUCACGAAGAUCUCAGCGCAGCGACCAGUGCUCUCCACGCACUGCUUUCUCCCCCCUGCCUCACUCCAAGUAUGUAAAUUCCCCAGGUCAGAGAGGGGCAAGGCUGGGAACUCCUGACAUUCUGGCCCCUAGGCGCUGUAAGCCCUGCCCUUGGGCACGGAAGCAUCUUUCCUCCUCACCUCCCGCUCCCCUUAACAGCAGUCUUCAAUGGAUAUUAGCCAAGUUUCUGGGUACCCAUGAACCCAUGCCCACCAAAUCCAUCAGCAGAGGAAAGCCUGGUAGCACUGGCACCCAAUAUAAGUAUCCCAAGAAAUGAAGUCAAACCAGUUGGGGGGUGGGGAGACAAAGGAAAUCCUAAUAAACUAGCUGAACUAGAAGAA